AUGCAGAAGCUCGCCAAGCGGGUCGCCCAGGCCCAGCGCCAGGCUGGCCGACGAGCCCAAAAAGCCGCCAAAUCCGAAGAGAGCAACUACAAACUCCGAAACAGACAAGCCAUGCGCGCCGCUGUCUCUGAGGUCCGACAGAAUCUCCAGGAUGCGCGCCGAGUGAGACAGGAGGAUUGGGAGCUGGGCCCUAUUGCUCCCAAGCGGGAUCUGGGCUUCAAUGGUUAUGGCAUGUUUACGGAAGGUGUACGAACGGAUUGGUCCAACUAUGGUCUUUACCGACCAAGGCCUGAGGUUUUGGCGAAGAGAUGUGCUUGGGCUGGUGGUUUGAAGCAGCUUAACCUUGCUGUUUCAGACCGUGUGGUUAUCAUGGAUGGACCGGACAAGGGCAAGAUUGAUCGCAUCAAGACGAUCAAUCCUCAGGGAGGAUAUGUUACUCUCGAGAACUAUCAUCGGGCUAUCUCUGCUGGCAUGUUUGGAAACGACAGCCGCUCUCAGCCCAUGCCCCUCUCGAUCGGUUCUAUUCGUCUUGUCUAUCCUAUCGCCAAUCCCGAAACCGGAGUUACAAGAGACGUCAUUAUCAAUGAACUUAAGGCUAUUCCCCCGAACAUGAGUUCCCCCAACAUGAGCUUCGACCGAUGGGAAUACGGAAACAAGUGGGAUCGAAUUGUUCCUGGAAUCAACGUUGUUAUUCCCUGGCCCGAGGUUGAGGCCCCAGAAUUCGAGACUUUUGACGGUGAUACCGUCCGUGAGACUGUCGACAACCGAACAUUUUACUACAACCUACUCUCCCCUCCCAUGCCCGAGACCGUUAUCGACGAGUUGCGAAACAAGUUCUCUAAGUUCCGAACACGCCACGAGGAGUGGUACGUGCAGCAGAAGGAGGCCGAAGCAGCAGCAAAGGAAGCCCACAAGGAGUCUAUCAAGUCCAUGCAGACUCCUCUGCAGGAGUUCCACGAAAUGCAGCGCGCGAAGCGUGCUGCCGAGGGAGAGCCCGAGCUCAGCACAGAGAUGUUGGAAAAGCUUGGUGCUAUUAUUGCUCAAAGGAAAGAGGCUGCUCUCAAGAAGGCUGGCGUGUCAGAGGUGGCGGCUGCAGAUGCUUCGAUACCGCCUUCAACAACAACACCUCCGGCUCAAUGA